AUGACGGCAAACAGGAUAAAAAAAGAGCAAGAGAGCUCCCGGAGGAAGCUGGAGCAGGAGAAAGAGAGGAAGGCGAAGGAGGCCGAAGAACUGAAGCGGCUGCUGGAAGAGGAGCGCCAGUAUGCUCAGAAGAAGCGUGAGGAGGAGGAGCGCCGCAUAGCGGAACUGGCGAAGCAGCGGCGGGAAGAGUCGAAGGCCCGCAAGGAGGAUCUGCAGAAGAAGCAGCAAGAGGACCGUGCGAAUACCAAGGAGCAGCUGCAGGCCGAGACGGAGGAGCUGCUUGCCGAGGCCCGCCGUGCCGAGGCCGAGGAGAAGAAGGCACGCGUUGAGAAGGUCAAGUUUGCGACGAAGCAGGCCCGGAGGAAGCUGGAGCAGGAGAGGGAGAAGAAGGCGAAGGAGGCCGAGGAGGCGAAGCGGCUGCUGGAAGAGGAGCGCCAGGCUGCUCAGAAGAAGCGUGAGGAUGAGAUUCGGCGGAAGGCGGAACUUGCACAGCAGCAGCGGGAGGAGUUGAAGACAGGACGUGAGGCUGCGAUGAAGAAGUUAGAGGAGGAUCGCCGUAAGGCUGCAGAUGGUGUGUGGGAGUAG